AUCUCAAAUCCCGUCUAUUGCUCCAAUUUCUGCACCGCGUAAACAUACCGUAAUUCAUCAGCCCCUGUAUACAGUAUUGGCUAAAAAUGUCGACACGGUAAAAUUGGACCGUUUGGUCCUUCUUCUGGACACAGGAUCUACGCCUGCUGUACGUGCAACGGCCGCUCAACAGUUGGGAGAGAUCCAAAAGCAGCACCCUGGAGAGCUACAUAACCUUUUAUCAAGGGUUAUCAUACAUUUGAGCAAUAAAGAAUGGGACACUCGAAUUGCCGCUGGACAAGCGAUCGAGGCCAUUGCUAAAAAUGUACCGCAAUGGGAUCCUCCUGAAAUUAUAAAAUUAGAAAACGAACCAUAUACUGUAAACAAAAAAAAUGAUAAUAAAUAUUCAUUUGAAACAUUUGAUAUUGCAAGUGUAUUGCAGAAAGGGAAAACUUUGUUGGGUUCAGCUGGCAAGGAAUAUGAUCUUGACUUAAGUGAUCUAGAUCCCGCACAACGGUUGGCGCUUCAACAUAAAAACCUUAAAGAACGAUUAGGGUUAGGUAGCGAAUUCAUGGAUGUUGAUUUGUUGGAUGAUGUGGAUAUAAGUGGAGCUUCAGUACCACAAACUACACAACUACAAAAUACAGAAUUUAUCGCCCAACCCCAACCUACCCAACCCCCUCAACCUCGCUCUCCUGGAUUGCCUUCGGAAGAAAUGUCUGGGUUAAGUGCACGAGAAAGAAAUAGAUUAAAGAGAAAGGCAAAAAGCGAUGCUAAACACAAAGGGAAAGAAAAAAUGCGUGUAGUGGAAAUGAGUGGAAGAAGAGCAGGCGCUGAAGCUACAACACCACUUGUAGCCCCUAUUUCACCAUCUAACGUAAAAGCUGAACCUGAUGGAUUACCUGAUUCUACACAAAAUGAUGGUUACUUUAAUUUUACUCCACAACCUUGUUCUAGCAAGAUUGUGGUUGAGGCUAAAAAAGACAUUUCUUCUAAUAUAUCUGAAGAAUUAUCCAAUGAAUGGCCCUUUGAAAAAGUGUGUGAAUCAUUAUGUGUGUCUUUGUUUAAUUCAUGUUGGGAAGUUAGACACGGUGCAUGUAUUGGACUGAGAGAAAUAUUAAAAGUACAUGGACACGGUGCAGGUAGAGCUGUUGGAUUAACUAAAUCAGAAAAUGAAGCCCGCCAUAAUAAAUGGUUGGACGAUAUAGCAAUUCGGUUGCUAUGUGUUUUUGCUUUAGAUAGGUUCGGUGAUUUUGUAUCAGACCAGGUUGUUGCACCUGUACGUGAAACAUGUUCGCAGACUAUGGGUGCUCUUUUACAUUAUAUGUCACCUCAGGGUGUAGAAAAUGUACAUAGGGUAUUAUUGAGAAUGAUUUAUCAAACAGAUUUACUUGAUGGUAAGACAUCAAUAUGGGAGGUUCGACAUGCUGGAAUGUUAGGUUUGAAAUAUGCUGUUGCAGUUCGUAAGGACUUGGUAAAUAUGAUGUUGGAUGGUACCGUUGGUGCUGUUAUUUUAGGAUUAAAAGAUAGUGAUGAUGAUGUUCGUGCGGUAGCUGCUUCAAUCUUAAUUCCAAUUGCAGAUUCUUUUGUUAGUCUUUCAUCCCAUAAGAUACCUGAAAUUGUUUCAGUUUUGUGGGAUUGUCUGAAGGAUUUGAAGGAUGAUUUAACUGCAUCCACGGCAAGUGUAAUGGAUUUUUUAGCUAAAUUAUUUUCAUUUCCAAGUGUAUUGGAAUAUAUGCGCCAUGCAGCUGCAUCAGAUCCAAGCCAUUCUUUAACGACAUUAAUACCGCGUCUAUAUCCAUUUUUUCGGCAUACCAUUACAUCUGUACGUUCCGCAGUCCUUAAUACCCUUUUAACUUUUUUGGGUAUGAACAGUUCAGAAGAAUGGGUUGAUGAUCGUACUUUUAGACUUGUGCUUCAGAAUAUGAUAGUCGAGGAAAAAAAGGAAGUCCUCGAUCUAUCCGUCCAAGUUUGGUCAGCAUUGAUGUAUCAAAACCAACUCAUUCAAUUUACAUCUCCAUACAUACGAACUUGGUUCACGAUAAUUAUGACACCACUAGGCACUCCAAUUGAUCGUCGGUUAUUUUACAUACCCGAAGGGACAAUCCCAAUGGAAAUAAUUCCUACGACAAUAUCAACCACUUCUACAUCGAAUUCACGUCGGCGUGGGCAAGGUCGUAACCAAGCAAGUAACGGAAGCACGGAUGAAUUAGUUGGACAUAAUAUUGAUGUUGGAAUGUUACAACAGGAUUUUGCGUUAGUUAGUGUAGAUACAGUGCUAAGAGGCAGGGUUGCUGCUUCUAAAGGAUUGGGCAUGCUUAUGAGUAGAUGGCCAAAUGAAGAAAUCCUUAUGGCAUGUCUUUCAUCUUCAUGGGCUUCAAAUAAACAACUUUCUGCAGUCAUUAUUGAGGAAUGGUCAAGAUCAGUCUUAGAUAAUAGUUGUCAAAGCUUUCAAAGUUCAUUGGUACAUACUUCGUCAUUUGCUUUAAAUAUCUCUGAAUUUAUGGUUCAAAUGCUUGAAUCCGAUCCACCAACCUUCUAUGCAGAACUUGUUACUAUAUUACGUCGUAUCAGAGGCGAAUGCCAAGCUAUGCUGAACACUUUUGUUUCCGUAGGUAGAAUCAAUUCAGCUAAUGUACCAGCUUUACCGAUAUACGUUCUUGGUGAAGUAGUACAGUUAGAUGCAUCACAAUUAUUUAGUGUUGAGAUUGCGGCAGAGCUUGCGACAACAACAUUCAAUAAUUUAUCUGCUCAAGUUUCUGGGAGAAGUAGAAGGUCUGCGCAAGUCCAACCGGAGGAACGACAGUCGCAACUACAGGAUCGCCAGCGUCGUGUGCUAGCUUCAAUCGGUUACUAUGAGUCGACAAAACAAAAAAAUGACAUUAUAGUGUUUGCUGCUAUUGCAGGUGCCGUUGUAGCAUUACAGUUUUUACCUCCAAAAUUGAAUCCAAUAAUAAGAUCUAUCAUGAAUUCUAUUAAAUCUGAAGAGAAUUUAGGGUUGCAACAACGUUCUGCCGCUACUUUAGCCAGCCUUGUUUCUCUUUGUUCAAUAGCAGCAGAUAGUUCAAUUAGAGUUAAUCCCAAUGAUAAAAUUGUUAAAAAUUUGUGCACUUUCCUUUGUUCUGAUCCGACCACUACUCCUGAUAUUCAGAACAAUCAUAAAAAGGAAGGUAUUCUAUCAUUACUUAAAGCUAAAGAACCAGACAAGGCUUCGUCUAAUGGCGAUACGUCAAGCGAGGACGAGAAGCUUAAAUCACAAAGAUUAAUAAGACGAGGUGCUGAAACAGCACUGAGAGAGUUUGCUAUGCAAUUUAGUCAUAGGUUAUUUGAAGUAGUGCCAAAAUUGUGGACCUGCAUGUGUUCAUCGUUAGAUAACGUAUUCAGCCAAGACGACGAAGAUACUAUAGGCAUAUCACUUAAAACAAAUAACAGUAUAGGGCAAGACGUUAUUGAUUCUCUUCAAAUAAUUCAAUCAUUAGUUCCUGUAGUUCAUGAAAAUUUAUAUUCAAAGUUUACGGAAUUGCUACCUCAUAUCGUCAAAGCUAUUCAAUGUCAAUAUUCUGUAAUUCGGUUCAUGGCUGCAAGAUGUUUUGCUACUAUUGCAAGUGUAAUCACAAUACCAAGUAUGCAAAUAAUAAUCCAUCAAGUAAUACCUUUAUUGGGUGAUUCACAAAACGUAAUACAUCGUCAAGGAGCAGCUGAGUUAAUUUAUCAUGUCGUACAAACUAUGGAUGCAAAAAUUCUGCCAUAUGUUAUUUUCUUAAUUGUUCCAAUUUUGGGUAGAAUGAGUGAUGUAGAUGAAAACGUUCGAUUAGUUAGCACGAAUUGUUUUGCUAUGUUGAUCAAAUUAGUACCGUUAGAGGCUGGUAUACCUGACCCACCUGGACUAUCAACUGAAUUAUUAAAGCACCGUGAUGAUGAACGGAGAUUCCUUUCACAACUUCUUGAUAGUAAUAAAUUGGAUCCUUAUGAAAUUCCAAUAAAUAUCAAAGCUGAAUUACGGAAAUAUCAGCAAGAAGGUGUCAAUUGGUUGGCAUUUUUGAACAAAUAUCAAUUACAUGGCAUAUUAUGUGAUGAUAUGGGUCUAGGUAAAACUCUUCAAUCCAUAUGUAUUUUGGCGAGCGACCAUUAUACUCGUUCUGAGAAAUAUAGUCAAACAAAGUCUCCAGAUUGUGCCCCUUGCCCAUCUUUAGUCGUUUGCCCCCCUACUUUAACAGGACAUUGGUAUCAUGAGAUAUUAAAUUAUACAGAUACGCUAAAGCCACUUCUGUAUUCUGGUAAUCCAAAAGAUCGAGACAGGUACAAUAUUCUUCAUUAUUAUGUUCGCAACGAUAUUGAAGAUUUGGCUAAUAUAAAUUGGAAUUAUUGUAUCUUAGAUGAAGGCCACGUUAUCAAGAAUGGUAAAACAAAGAUAACAAAAGCGGUCAAAUCUGUAAAGGCCAAUCAUCGAUUGAUAUUGUCUGGCACUCCAAUACAGAAUAAUGUGCUAGAAUUAUGGUCACUUUUCGAUUUCUUAAUGCCCGGAUUUUUAGGUACCGAAAAACAAUUUAAUGAACGUUUUGGCAAACCUAUACUUUCAAGUAGAGAUAGUAAGAGUUCCUCCAGAGAACAGGAAGCUGGUGCUUUGGCACUCGAAGCCUUACAUAAACAGGUUCUUCCAUUCUUGCUGAGACGCUUAAAGGAGGAUGUUUUGAAUGACUUACCUCCGAAAAUCAUACAAGAUUAUUAUUGCGAGCUUAGUGAUUUACAGAAACAACUUUAUGAACAAUUUGCUAAAUCACAAGCUAAGAGCAGUGUUGAAAGUGAACUUGGAACGGAACAUAUUGAAGAAGAAGGCGACAAGAAAGCUACACAUAUAUUUCAAGCAUUACAGUAUUUGCGCAAGUUAUGCAAUCAUCCUUUAUUAGUAAUGAAUGAUAAACAUCCACAAUACCGCAUUGUCAUGGAUAAACUCAAGUCUAGCAGGUCUUCGUUGCAUGAUUUGGAAAAUGCUCCAAAAUUGCUUGCUUUGAAGCAACUAUUACUUGAUUGUGGUAUAGGAGUGUCUACAGAAUCUGAAGAAGGUACUUUGGGCGCUGGUGCAGUCAGUCAGCAUCGAGCACUUAUCUUCUGUCAGCUUAAGACAAUGCUUGACAUUAUUGAAAAUGAUUUAUUUAAGCCAAUAAUGCCUUCGGUCACAUAUAUGCGACUCGAUGGUUCAGUGGAUGCCAAUAAACGUCACGGAAUUGUACAACAGUUUAAUAAAGAUCCAUCAAUUGAUGUGCUAUUACUUACUACACACGUUGGUGGACUUGGGCUAAAUUUAACAGGAGCCGAUACUGUUAUUUUUGUUGAACAUGACUGGAAUCCAAUGAAAGAUUUGCAGGCAAUGGAUCGUGCUCACCGUAUAGGACAAAAGAAAGUAGUCAAUGUAUAUCGUCUAAUUACUAAAGGAACAUUGGAAGAAAAGAUUAUGGGAUUACAAAAAUUUAAACUUAACAUCGCCAAUUCCAUUGUUAAUCAACAAAAUUCUGGACUACAAAGUAUGGAUACUGAACAAAUACUUGAUUUGUUCAAUGUAACUACUGAUCAUAACAACAGAAAUCAAAAAGGAGGAAGUACAUCUAUAAGCGGUACAGGAUCUGGUUUUGCAAAAGGAAAGAAAAUAUCUGCUACGAAGAAUGUUUUGGAAGGAUUAGAAAAUCUAUGGGACGAUACACAGUAUGAAGAUCUUAAUUUGGAUAAUUUUAUUGAAUCCCUUAAUUCCGGAAAUUGA